AUGUAAAUUACGGAUGAGCAAAAGAAAAUAAUGGCUAUCACAGGAGUUGCUAUAUUAUUACUCGGAAUCUUAUAUCUUAUUGAUUAGCUGGUUGUGAUGUACUUUGGUUGUCUAGGCCACUUUGUAAUUCAAAUUUCAUUCAUUAAAUUUUAGAUUUUUUUUGUUGGAUUAUAUGUUUUCAUAAAAAAUACAAUAAGAUUAUUUGUAUUUCCAGGCUCAUAUUGGUUAUGGAGAAGAAACGUAGAAAACAGAUAUGCAAAGGCUUUGGCAAAAAGAGCCAAUAAAAGGAUGGAAGAUUUACAAAAUUUGAUAAGAAAAUUACUGUAGAUGCCUGAGUAAUUUAUUUAAGGUAAAUUAGUACUAAAGAAAUCUAUGUUGAAGAUUUAGUGCCAAUAAAAAAAACCUUGUAAUCAUUUUUAAACACCUUUUCUUAAUUAAACUAUAGAAAAGAAUUGAACGAGUAAUAAAAAUAUCUCUUUGGUUUAUGUCAGUAAUUGGAAUAGAGCUUAAAGGAUUUUCUAAUCGAAUCCAAGUCUCUUUAUGAUCAAUUAGAUAAUCCAUAAGAUAUUAUUAAUUAUUGUAAGCAGAAUGUUAAAAUUGAAUCUGAACUGUGUUCUAAUUUACUUAUAAUAUUGGACAGCUUAAUAGAUCAAUUAUAAGAAAUAUAUGUGCCUAAAAACAUUUUCUUGGAAGCAGAAAGAUGGAUCUUCAACAAGACACUUGGAACAGUAGAUUAAAUGAGAGUUGAAUUAGAAAAUACUUUUAAGACCAGAAGAUUUAAAGUGCAAGGAUAUGAUGGAAAAAUGAUAGAUUGGUAUUUAUAAAUUGGAUUAUCAAAGUCUAUAUAUAUAUGCAAGUGAAGAUGAUGCUGAUAAUGAUCGAGCAGUCAUAUUUUGUUAGCCCAAUGCUGGAUAUUACGAAUAUAUGUAUUAUGAAUCAGAAUGGAUUGAUUAUUACUUGAAACGUAGAAUAAACAUGUUUUUAUGGAAUUAUAGAGGCUAUUGUGAAAGUUAAGGAUUGCCAAAUACAAAGGAUAUUAUGAAAGAUGCAGAAUCCAUUUGUGAUUAUGUAACCUCUCAAUUAAAGGUGACUUAAUUGAUAUUUCAUGGUGAAUCUUUAGGAGGAAUGGUCGCAUGUCAUUUGGGUAGAGUCAGAUAAUGUAACUUACUAUUUGCAGACAGAACCUUUUCAAGUAUCAGCAAAAUAGCCCAAGUUGGAUUUUCUAAAUAUGCCAGUUUUUUCUUUAAAUUACUGACAUCAUGGGAUUACAAUUCUGCCAAAUCAUAUGUCGAAUGCCAAAGCUAUAAAAUUCUUGCUUUGGACUAGAAGGAUGAAGUCAUUCCCUUUCUUUCAUCACUAAAAGUUGAUGUCACAAAAUAAAUAUUCUUGAGGGAAUUUGGAGGUUAAUAUUAAGGUGAUGAAAAUGUAUUUGUUUGUAUUCUAUUUGUAGUUUAAAUAAAGUGAUCAGAGAAAUACAUUUUGCUAAAAACUCUUAAGAUUUAUACCAUGGAUUCCAAAAUCAGAGAGCACUGUCUUCUAUGACAUUUGGUAUUCUUAGUUAUUAAAUAAGUAAGAAAUGCUUACAUUUUUUGAAGCAAAUAAAAGGUAAAUCUUAUGUCAUAUUGAAAAUAGAAUCCAAUUUAUUAUGAAAGAUUUAUAAACUGAAAAAAACAAAAAGACUUUAGAUGAUUCUUACUCAUCUUAGUUAAACGAGUCUUAAGAAAUUGAAAAGCAAUAUUCGUAGAAUUAAAAUUCAACUGUUGAUAUUGAUGAGGUAUGAAUGUUUAAAUACUAUGAUCAAGAUUUCUUAAUUGGCAGGGCCUUACACACUGUCUGAAAAAGAAAAAUCUAAUGAAAGUCUUCUCACAUUUGUAAAUAAAGUCUUUGAAUGUUUUGAAUCCUUUGAAACUGCCUCUAUGACUUUAAAUGAUGUCUUUUCAGCUUUCAGUGAAUCACAACAAUACGAUGUCUUCCUUGAUUAUCUAUUGAGUAUUUUCUUGUGGGGAUCCUACCUUCCUCUAAAAAACAUUCCCAAAAAAAAAAUGAAUACUGUUGUUUGUCAAAAGUUAGCUUUUGCAAGAUUUACUUCCAACAUCAAUAAAAUUGAAACUUUGAUUAAAAAUGAAAAGAAUAAUUUAGAUUCUCCAAAUGGAACUAGAGUAUUUAUCAAUUACUAAUAUCUAGUUAAUUUAAGAUUUGGAAUUAAUCAUUUAAAGACUUAAGUUGAUAAGAGAAAACUUUAAAAAGACCUUGAAGAAUUAACAUUAACAUCCGUCACAUUAAUCAGUUCAAAUAGAAUAGAAAGAUUCAGAAGAGAGAAAAUCAAGUAAUUCUUACUAUUAAAGUAGCCUCAAAAAUUCAUGAAUCAUUAAAAUCAUAUUUAGGGUCCUUCAUUCCAUUGGGAUGCGGUCAUAAUGGAAAUCUGAAUUAAACAGAAGUAGAAGUUCUUGACUUUCAUAUGUUAUAAGCUGGAGUUGUAAAAUAUUGA